AUGGCGGCGAAAGGUUCAGAUUUCGCUGCUUUUGUAGGUAAUGAAAUUGCGUGCCCUGUUUGUUUGGAGAUAUUUGACGACCCUAAGUGCCUUCCUACCUGUGCACACAAUGUUUGUCUCAAGUGUCUUGGUAAAAUUGUGAGGCAGAAUCCAAGGAGUACCGAAGUGCAAUGUCCUGAAUGUCGCAAGAAGUCUCAGAUUCCUCCUUUGGGAGUAGCUGCUUUUCCUACGAACCAUUUGUUAAAACGGCUGAUUGAGAAUUCUCCUAUCCAGAAAGAAAGACGUGCUUUUGGUGAAGCCGUUCAACGGUGGAGAGAGCAGAUGAAUGAAAUAAGUAAAGACUUUGAGAAACUUAAAGAAGUACACGCUAAAGUGUUCGAGGAAAGCAAGAUUAAAAUGAAGGAUCAGAUAAGAGCUGAGGCAAAACGUUUGGCCAAAAGAAUCGAGACAGAAGAGAAGAAGUUGUUGUCUCAGGUUGAUGCGAGUUUUAAAGAAAUGGCUUCUCAAAGUCCUUUCGAUCUGAAAUGUGCUGAAGUUAAACAGCUGUGUAGGAAAGUGUCAAUCUCUUUGGAUGUUGCGGACAAGACAAAGGAUGAAAAUGAUGUUAAAGAAUUCCAGAGAUCCAAAGGCAGAUGCGAAACUCAGUGUCAAGAUUCACUGCAGAGCUUAAAAGCAGAGGUCACAAAACUUCAGAGUUUGCAUCGAACAAGAGAAGUGAACUUUAUCCCAGCAAAAGUUGACAAAUAUGGUAAAAUCCUGGGAGAAAUUUCCCUUGUUCACCUCCGAUCACCUCAAAGGCGAUAAAUUACUAGCAGUUCACCAUAAUGACAACUUUUUUGUCUCAGAUGGCACAAACACCGUUAAAGUCUUUGAUCAUAAAGGAAAGCCUCUCCGUGAAAUCAAGAAUCUUGGAGACAACAAUGGCCGUUUGGUUUCCAUGGCACUGGAUGCUGUGCAUGACAGCCUUGUAUGUGGCUCUGACAAGAAUUCAGUUAUAGUCGUCAAGUCUGAUGGCAGAGUUAUCUCCACUUUUCCCAUGGGCGGAAGUUUGAAUGCCAUUGCACUGUGCAAAGGGUGUGACAACUUGGUGGCGUGUUUCCACGAGAAGAAAUUUAUUCAGAUUUUGUCCCAUAGAGAGUGAGACUUGAUGAAUCAUGAGAUUAAACAUAGCACUGGUUUAACAUUGAGACAGUUUCCUGACAGUUUAGUUUGGCAGUAAACUUAUGGACACACCAAAGCGGCAGUAAAAUGAUGGCAGUUUAUGGGUGGUUCUGCAAAGGGCAGCAUCUUUAAGUUUAGAGGCGUUAAAAAAUUAAACUUGUACUAGUAGGUCUUGGCCCAAGUUUUGUUCAUUUUAGUCACGGAAUAAUUUUAUUGUAGGUACACUAUUGUACAUCUAUCUAGCUACCCAAAGGAGCAAGUCUUUUAAAUUUAAUGAAUAAUUUUAUUUACAGGUAACCCAAAAACAUUGCCAUUAUUACAUUAUUACAUUGUAUUAUUGUUGUCAGUCGUAAGCAGGAUGGUUAAUGUGGACAUGCAAACAUUGAUUAGUAGUAAACGUUGGACAAGAACAACUAUGGGCAGCUUCAGAAAUACUUUGCCUUGAUUUUCUUUCUUCUCUUCUUUUUGUCUUUUUUUUUGUCUUUUUUUUACAGAUACAAGAAAAAUGAACAAAUGAUUUCAAUUGUUACAAAAUGUAAAUUAUUCUUUGAUAUCCUUCUGACAGCAAUAGUGAGGUUUCUUUGAAGAUUUUUAGAUCAGCUCAAAUGAUUAAGAAAGUGUCUUUUGACAAACGUAGUGUUAGUUUUAAUACUGCAUGUGUAGUCACCAGUUUAUCAUGCAGUAAAUGAUUAUUAAUAAGCCUCCUGUUAUGGGAAAAAGGGGGAGACAUGUAUAUGGCAAUUUAAUCAAGUUUGGGCUUGUUUUUAUAUGAAGGGUGAAUUGGACUUUUAAGAGAAUUGAAUUUUAUAUUCUAUAGUUCAGAGUUUAGAUAUAAAAAAAUAAAUUGAGUAAUAAAUAACGUUGCAGUUAACUGUUAGUAGCAGAACGUUAUUGUAAUCACAAUGAAUAAAACCGGGGUAGGAUCGGAAUACUCGUAAGUCCCAAGUUUUGUUUCUCAGCAAUAGCAUUAUUAUGAAGCGAAAGUCCAUGAGGCAUAUGGCACGCAUAUGCUCCAACUUCCCUACCCCAAUCAGUAAACCCAGACCCCCAUUCCCGUAACCAUAACAACCCAUUGCAAGAGGUAUUUUUAACAUGAUAAAGCACGUGCUUGUAGUGUUAUUUUUUCAUGAAUUGUUCGCUUUUAUCCUUGCUCCGUUUUGUUGUUUGUCUUGAUUGGUGCAAAAACAGCGAACAAUAGCCAGAAAAACAAAGGCUGGUGUGAUAGUUAUGUGAGACUCGAACUUUAUGCUUAAUACCAAACAGUGAAAAAAGAACACGCAAUAGCCAUGCUUUUAAGUAUAGAAUGCCAAAAAUAUCUAAGGACGUCUUUAAGUUUUUCUUCUUUCCUAGAUCAAUAACAGAGUGGUACUCACUGCCCGCUGACUUAGUAAAUUGCAAGUCAUUAUCUGAUUUUAAGUUAAAUUUAGGAAAGCACGUGAAAUAAGUGAAGCAAAUUGUAAUUAUGAAUUGUUGUUUAUUUAUUUUGUUAUUUUGACAUAUUUACUUUUAUUCAACUUAUGCAUAUGUACAUAUAUAUACAUGCAAUAUUUUAUUUUAGCUUUUAUUUACAGUUGAUGUGAUGUCGUACAAGAUUUUAUCAACUUAAUAAAUGUAGAUGUAGAUGAAAGUGUUCAAAAUUUGAAUUUUUCGGCAUCUUGAAAACCAUGGAAGGCCAGAAGAAAGCGUUAACUAAAACAUUUUUAAAUCUAUCAGCAGUGCGACAAAAAAGUUAUUAUGAAGGGCACAUUAGAAGGAUUUAGAGAGUUGUUCCUCUUGGUUUUAUAGAGAAAACGGACAGAAUUUGGACAUCAACUCAAACUGGAGUGUGGAAAACAAAUGGACAAAGAUAACCACCAAGAAGCCAGUGUAUCAUCGUUACUUGCGUACUGAACCAUUGCAAGAUGAAAAUGGUAGUCUGUCUGCAGUCUACAAAGAAUGA